CCCCGUCGCUGGAGGAAUGUCGAGACCGAAUGAUUUAAAAAUAGCAUCAUCUCUCCUCUGACAGCCUUCUCUAGUGACUCCCAUAGCAUUGUGGUGCGAGAAGCAGGAAUGCGAAGAUGGCUGCAGAUUUAGGAGAGCUGCUGGUCCCUUAUAUGCCCACCAUCAGAGUUCCCAGAACAGGAGACAGGGUUUUCAAGAGCGAAUGUGCCUUUUCCUACGAUUCUCCCGAGUCUGAGGGAGGCUUGUAUGUGUGUAUGAACACAUUCUUGGGCUUUGGCAGAGAACAUGUGGAGAGACAUUACCGUAAAACCGGACAGAGUGUUUACAUGCACCUCAAACGGCAUGUCAAAGAGAAAGCCACAGGUGCCGCAGGAGGCGCCAUCCCCAGAAGAAGAAAUGGCCAAGUGUUCCUAGAUUUAGAACUAAACCGUGAUUUUAAAGGAGAUGAGUAUGAGUGUGAAGAUGAGGCCAAGCUCGUCAUAUUCCCAGACCACUUCGAGAUCCCCUUACCAAAUAUUGAGGAGUUGCCUGCACUGGUGACAAUAGCCUGCGAUGCCGUGCUCAACGCCGCGUCAGCCUACAAAAAACAGGAGUCUGACUCCUGGGACGAGGAGAUCCAGGUGUCCAAACAUGCCAGGAGUCUCCGACAGCAGGACAACGGAGUGAGGAUCCCACCCAGUGGCUGGAAAUGUCAGAAGUGUGAGAUGAGAGAGAACCUGUGGCUGAACCUGACGGACGGAGCGGUGCUUUGUGGGAAGUGGUUCUUCGACGGUGCCGGAGGAAACGGCCACGCCCUGGACCACUACAAAGACACCAACUUUCCCCUGGCAGUCAAACUGGACAACAUCACCCCAGACGGAGCAGAUAUAUAUUCAUUUGAUGAAGAAGAAGCAGUCCUGGACCCUCACAUAUCCGAACACUUACAACACUUUGGAAUAGACAUGCUACAGAUGCAGCAGAAUGGAACAGAAAAUGGCCACCUCAACACGGACAAUGCAGACAGCGUGCAGCCUCGGGUCAGCGAGUGGGAGGUGAUCCAGGAAUCGGGCAUGAAACUGAAGGCGGUGUAUGGUUCGGGUUUCACUGGCAUCAAGAACCUGGACAACAGCUGUUACCUGGGCACCACCAUGCAGGUCCUCUUCAGCAUCCCAGAGUUCCAGAGGGCGUAUGUUGGAAAUCUCCAGAGGAUAUAUGACUACUCACCUCUUGACCCCACCACGGAUUUCAGCACACAAAUGGCUAAACUGGGCCACGGACUCAUCUCAGGCCUGUACUCCAAACCACCAAUGAAAUCCGAGCUCAUUGAACAGGUGAUGAGAGAAGAAUGCAAGCACCAGCCGAAGGGCAUCUCUCCCAAGAUGUUCAAAGCCAUGGUCAGCAAGGGCCACCCCGAGUUCUCCUCCAACAGACAGCAAGACGCACACGAGUUCUUCCUGCACCUCAUCAACCUGGUCGAGAGAAACAGUGCUGGCUCAGAGAACCCCAGUGAUGUGUUCCGCUACGUGGUGGAGGAGCGUGUGCAGUGCUGCCAGACGCAGAGGGUGCGUUACAACCAGAAGGUGGACUACCUGAUGCAGCUCCCGGUCCCCAUGGAGGCUGCCUCCAACAGAGAGGAGCUGAUAGUGUAUGAGGCGAAGCGAAGAGAGGCAGAGGAAAACAUGAGAGCCCCUCCAGAGCCUGUGAGGGCCCGGAUCCCCUUCACAGCGUGCCUGCAGGCCUUCACAGAGCCAGAGAACGUCCCCGACUUCUGGAGCUCAGCACUGCAGGCCAAGUCAGCUGGAGUCAAGACUUCCCGUUUCGCCUCCUUCCCAGAGUUUCUGGUAGUGCAGAUAAAGAAAUUCACAUUUGGGGUUGACUGGGUUCCAAAGAAAUUAGAUCUGUCCAUAGAUGUCCCAGACUUCCUGGACCUGUCUCGACUCCGGGGCACAGGGCUGCAGGCAGGAGAGGAAGAGCUCCCUGACAUCACCCCCCCCAUUGUCCUGCCUGAAGACACCAGAGACAACUCGAUGAACUCCUCAGAUUCCCCAGAUAUAGACGAGUCGUCGGCGAUGCAGCUGGCGGAGAUGGGCUUCCCUCUGGAGGCCUGUCGGAAGGCCGUUUACUACACGGGGAACAUGGGUCCUGAGAUGGCCUUCAACUGGAUCAUAGCCCACAUGGAGGAACCUGACUUUGCUGAGCCCCUGGCCCUACCCUCCUUCAUGGAGCCAGGCCCCUCCGUGGCCAGCCUGGGCCUGUCAGCCACCCCCCUGGACAACCAUCCUCCAGAGGAGAGCAUCGCCAUCCUCACGUCCAUGGGCUUCCCCCGCCGUCACACCGUCCAGGCCCUCAAAGCCACGAACAACAACUUGGAGAGGGCUCUGGACUGGAUCUUCACCCACCCGGAGAGGGAGGAGGAAGAGACUAGUGACGACUUGUCGGACAUGGCCGACACCACGGAGCCCAACGACAACACCUUCUCCAACGCCAACACGAACAGCCACUCCACACUGUCCCCAGACCAGGACGGCUCGGGCCCCCGAAUCAAAGACGGACCCGGACGUUACGAGCUUUUUGCUUUCAUCAGCCACAUGGGAGCGUCCACGAUGUCUGGUCGUUAUGUAUGUCAUAUCAAAAAGGAAGGAAGAUGGGUGAUCUUCAACGACCACAAAGUGUGCUUGUCAGAAAGACCUCCAAAAGACUUGGGCUACAUCUACUUUUACCGUCGGCUGUCUAGCUGCUAGACCUAGGCCCCCUCCCUCCUCCCCACCAUCCAACCUUAGAGAGCCACAGCCUGGAAACCAGAAGACAACCACGACUACAGUGGAACCCAUGGAAACACUUACACCCCAGACCAGCCAAAGAACCGAGAGCUCAACUCAUCCGUCACUCAAGAGCAACAGGAAAAUUCUUCGUACAUCAAGUGCGGUCAAAAAAAAAAGGGAAAGCAGUGUGCUUUUUGUAUGUCACUGUGAUAAAUAUGUGCUUUUGUGUAUUGAAACUUGUUAUUUGUCUACGGUGUCGGUACAGAGGGAUGUGUGCAAUUUUUUGUUAUUGGAGUGCUCUACACGUACAGUAUUAGUGGAUCAGAUCUUGCUAUUAAUUUUCUAUGCCUUCAGCUACUGCGGUAGUAUUUUUAUUAAAGUGCUACAUUUUAUAAACAUGGAGCAUGGUCCUGAAGUGGUCACGCAUCACUGCCAGCUCUGAAACUCUCUGAAGCGAAACUCAAAAAAAUAAAAUCACAAUGCUGCUGGGAGCUUUGCAUGUACAGAUGUAGGAUCUUAAUUUGACCAGUUUCUUAAAGCAGGAAAAGAAUCCUGUAGCAACAGGAAAUGUGAAUUCUUGUGUGGAUUAUAAUGAAUGGACAUUUUUGUAGGGGUUGAUUUACAUUUUUAGUUGGGGCAAAUCAUAUGAUGAAAAAACGCAUCAAACUGUGACACUUUCUGUAUUUUGAAAGUUCUAUAUUUUGAAAACUAGAAUUGUGGGACUGUGUCAACUGUGGAGUAAUGAAACAAAUACUAAAAUAUAGUUGUUUUUUUUUAGUGGUAUUUUCCUUUAACAUGUGAUGCAGGAUAGAAACAUGAUGGCAUUGAAUGCAGAGAAAUGGCCAGCAUAGGCAAGUUUCAGAAUAGGGAAAAACAUUUGAAAAAACGCUCAUCUAUGAUGAACACUUACACAUGGGACUCCAUGAAUAUGGAAUAUCCUUAUUGGAGGGUCCGAUGUACGUAAUGAUGGUGUCAUGAUAGUCACAUGUCUGGUUUUGACUUGCAGAUGACAUCUAGGUUUUUCUGGGCUACAGAGGAGAAACGGUGACAGUUGAACGAGUCAAGUUGAGUCAAGUCCAUUUCAUUUCCCACGAGAACAAGAGAAUGUUGUUUUUUAUUGAAAUCUGAAAGCACUUUUCGACAGAAUCUUUUAUAUCCCUGCUUUUCAUAUAGAAAUAGAACAUUAGCAUAUCAGCCACCUUGGAUCAGAUACCCCAAACUGAUGUUAUUCACUUUUCUUGAAUGUGGUAAAAGCUAGUGACUGAAUGUGGUAAAAGCUAGUGACUGAAUGUGGUAAAAGCUAGUGACUGAAUGUGGUAAAAGCUAGUGACUGAAUGUGGUAAAAGCUAGUGACUGAAUGUGGUGGUAACAAAACAUUUGACUUGUUAUAUCAUAACCGCAGACCAUGUUGCGAUUACGUAUACUGCAUUCAUACAGUUGUUGCUUCACAUAAAAUUCAACACCGUAAGUGGAACAUGCCUUGGAUCCGUUUUCCUCAGAUCAGAUUGGCCAUGGUGACUAGCAAUGCAAAAAAUCUGAAUCCAUUAGAUAAAAGGCCCACACAAGUUUUGCGGCAGGUAGCUUAGUGGUUAAGAGCGUUGUGCCAGUAACCGAAAGGUUGCUGGUUCUAAUCCCUGAGCCA